AUGUCUGAAGAGAAGUCUGAAGAAAUCAAUACAAUCGAAUUUGAUCCUAUUAUUCCUGCUUCUGGUAUUCUCUUCUAUGAAGAAUGUCCUGCUGACUACGAAAUACAGCGACCGAUUUUAUUACCUCUGAAAUCUGCAACACAAAUACGUUUUGAACAUCUCCAACACGAAGCAGCAAGAGUCUGGAAAGAGAAAAAUAAAACUGCAAAGCAAAGCUAA